AUGUCUUCCUCACCAUUGAAAGUUGCAAUUGUCGGUGCCUCAGGUAAAGUAGGUUCCUUUUUAGUUCAACUAUUGAAAAACGAUCCUAGUCAUUUUGCCACACCAUUAGCUUUAGUGAGAAGUGAAGAACAAGUCAAACAUUGGAAAACUGAAGUUGGUAUCGAUGCCAAGUUAACUAGUGUUGAAAGCGAUGAUGUUGAUUCAAUUGCCAAUGCUAUUAAGGGUGUAGAUGCUGUUGUAUUUGCAGCAGGUGCUGGCGGCAAGGGUGUCGAGAGAAUCUUUACUGUCGACCUUGAUGGUUGUUUGAAGGUUGCAGAAGCUUGUGAAAAAGUAGGUACAAAAAGAUUUAUUCUAGUAUCUGCUAUUAUGGCAGAAAAUAGAAAAUUCUGGUGGGAUCUACAAGGUCUUAGAGAAUAUUAUAUUGCAAAGAGAUCUGCUGAUCGAGAAAUUAGAUGUACAAAAUUAGAUUACACAAUUGUUCAACCAGGUUGGUUAACUAAUGAUGAUUCUACAGGUAAAUUUGUUCCCGCUGAUAAAGCUGAAUCAGUAUUUUCAGAUCAUAAAGAAAUUGCUAGACAAGAUGUCUCUUUAUUUAUUAAAGAAGCUCUGUUACAUCCAAAGGAGACUAAUAGAAAAACUAUUCCAUUAUUAAACGGUGAUGUACCAGUAUCAGAAUUUUUUAAACAAUUAAAAUGA